UGUUACUCAUCAUCACUCAGAUACCAUGGCCACGACACCAAGAACACCAUCACCCGCGCCGUCGUCGACGCACUCGACCCCCUCGGCGACCAUGAAGAAAGAGGCCGACGAGGCGCAGGCGACAGUGGCCGUUGGGCUCGACGACGCAGUGUUUGGGCAGAUCACGGCCGACGGGCCAAACUAUCGGGGCGUCUCGGGCCUCGGCGCCUUCGUGCUCAUGUUCAAGUCUAAUAUCGGGCUGGGCAUCCUCUCCCUCCCGUUCGUGUUCCAGACGCUCGGGCUCGUCCCGGGCGUGUUGGUCCUCCUCGUCGUCCAGACGAUCGUGUGCUACUGCGCGCGCUCAAUCGGCACAUUCAAGCGCAACCACCCAUCAACCUAUGGCCUCCCCGACGCGGGGCGCGUGUUCGGCGCCCGCUGGGUCCACGAGUACCUGUACCUCUUCUUCCUAGUGGACAUGGUGACGACCGUGUCGAGCGCCGUGGUCAGCCUGAGCGCGGCGCUGAACGGCGUGAGCGCGCAUGCGGCCUGCACGGCCGUCUUCAUCGCCAUCGCGAGCGUCGUCGGCUUUGGCCUCGGCUCGAUCCGCACGCUCGAGAAGAUCACCGCGCUGUCGUGGCUUGGCGUGGUCUCGUUGCUGGCCAGCGUGAUCACGCUCACCGUCGCUGUGGGCGUGUCUGGGCCGGCGGCGGCGCCGGUCGACUGGCACAAGGAGGUGCGCGCGUUCGGGAACCCCUCGUUCGCCAAGGCUAUGAGCGCGGUCAACUCGGUCCUCUUCUCCUACUCCGCCACGCCGUGCUACUUCAACAUCGUGUCCGAGAUGGCCGACCCGAGGGAGUACGAGAAGUACCUGUACCUCAGCACGUCGCUGCUCACGGUCCUCUAUCUCAUCAUCGGGAUCCUCGUGUACUGUUUCUGCGGGCAGUACGUCGCCACGCCCGCGCUCGCGUCGGCCGGGCCGUUGAUGAGCAAGGUAUGCUUUGGCAUCGCGAUCCCCGCGCUCGUGGCCAGCCUGGUCAUCUACGCGCACAUGAGCGGCAAGCCCUUGUUCGUGCGCAUCUUGGCCGGCUCGCGCCACCUCACGAGCAACACGCUCACGCACUGGGCCACGUGGCUCGGCUGUAUGGCUGCAACGUCGGCCGUGGCGUAUGUCAUCGCGAGCGCGAUUCCCAACUUUGGGAACAUCAUCUCGCUGCUCGGCUCGUUGAUCUCGCCUAACGACUGCAUCAUCCCGUACACUUUCAUGUGGUGGCACGACAACUGGCGGUACAAGUCGGGCGAGGAGCGCGGCAGCACCCGCCUCCGCCUCACGCUUGCGCUCAACGUCGCGUUGUUUUUCGUCGCGCUGUUCAUGACUGUUGCGGGCACGUAUGGCGCCGUCAAGGACCUCAUCGACUCGAGCUCGAGUGCGGGGCCUUGGUCGUGCGCGGACAACACGGGCUCGGCGUAAGCACAGUGCACGAGGACAGAACACGACCUGCAUUUCAGCGUACAAGUCACAGCACAAGUCACCACACAUAGACCGCCCCCGAGCAUUAGAGAGGUUUGCAUUGUUACAGCA